CGGCGGGGGCGGGGCCGCGCGGAGGUGGGGCCGCGCGGAGGUCACGCCGCGCCGCUCGGCGGGCGAGGGCGGCCCGCCGGGGGCUGCCGGCGCAGGCCAGCGAGCGGCGGCCGCGCCGUGCGUGGCGGCAGGGCGGAGGCGGCGCGCAGGAUGCCGGGGCUGGUGGCGUUCGGGCGGCGCUGGGCCAUCGGCAGCGACGACUUCGUGCUCCCGGGCGCCUUCGAGCUCUUCGUCAGGGUGCUGUGGUGGAUUGGAAUUCUUGUUCUUUACACAGUUCAUAAGGGGCAGUUCGACUGUGCUGGAGGAGGCUUAUUGCACAGCUACUUGCUUGUCCUCCUCAUUCUCCUGGCUGCCAUAAUAUGUGCAUUAUCAGCUAUUGUAUGCAUCAGUAUGCGAGGAACAAUUUCUAAUCCAGGCCCAAGAAAAUCUCUUCCCAAACUACUUUAUACGCGCCUACUUCUCUAUUUGCCUGAAUUCAUGUGGGCUGUUGUAGGAGCUGUAUGGGUGUCAGACAGCAGCGUACACUGUGAGAAGACUGUGAUGAAUGUCGUAUUUGGGACAGUUGUUGCAAGCUGGAUUAUCAUCAUCUUCACCAUCAUUGGAGUUAUAAUCGUCUUUGAUCCACUUGGAGGAAAAAAGACAGUUUACCUCACUGAUGGUGUAAAUCGGAACCUGGAAAGCAGUCAGUCAGGGCAAUUGCUCUAUAAUGUGAAGAACACUGCUACCAGAGUCUGGGAAAAAAGGAUCAGGUUACUGUGUUGUUGUAUUGUGCAAGAUGAUGACCAUCGAGUGGCUUUUACAAGUAUUGCAGAGCUUUUCCGCGCCUACUUUUCAGACACCGACCUGGUGCCAAGUGAUAUAGCAGCUGGUUUGACUCUGCUCCAUCAAGAGCAAGACAAAAUGGAAAGUUGCCGAAAAGAACCUGAAGAAGUCCUGUGUCAUUCUCCAACAUCUCCUGGGACUGACGAUUUGGAUAUCGAACUGGAGAAUGCCGCUCACUACAUGCGGUUUGCUGCAGCUGCCUAUGGCUGGCCCUACUACAUAUACACCAACCCGUUUACUGCACUCUGUAAGCUCAAUGGUGAUUGUUGCGGAAAUAGACCAACAGAUUCUGAUAUAACUGGCAGUGAUCGUCAUAACUUUCACUUUGGAUCCAUCCUAAAAAUAACAGGACUGCAGUACAGAGACUUCAUUCAUAUCUGUUUUCAUAACAAGAUCUAUGAGAUUCCAUUUUUUGUUGCUUUGGAUCACAAAAAGGAAGCUAUCGUGGUUGCAGUGAGAGGAACCUUGUCUUUCGAGGACAUUCUCACUGAUCUGUCAGCAGAUUGUGAAGACUUGACACUGGAGGAUGUUCUAGAAAAUGGCUUUGUACAUAAGGGGAUAACUCAAGCUGCAAAUUACAUCUAUCGAAAGCUAAUAAAUGAUGGAAUUUUAAACCAGGCUUUCACAAUUGCUCCAGAGUAUAAACUUGUGAUAGUUGGUCACAGUUUAGGUGGUGGAACAGCUUCCAUACUGGCCGUCAUGCUCAGGAACUCUUUCCCAACCUUAAAAUGUUAUGCCUUUUCUCCUCCAGGAGGACUUUUAAGCAAAUCGCUUGCAGAUUACACUAAGCACUUCAUUGUUUCAGUCAUUGUUGGAAAGGACCUCGUUGCAAGGUUAAGUAUGCCCAAUAUGGAAGAUUUAAAGAGGAGAAUAGUGAGAAUCGUGGCAAACUGUAACAGACCCAAGUACCAGAUUCUGUUGCGUGGGUGUUGGUACGAAGUAUUUGGAGGCGAUCCAGAUAAUUUCCCAACUGAGCUGGAUGGUAGAAACCAAGAUGACCUAACCCAGCCUCUUCUGGCAGAGGAGAGUUUAAUGGUUCAUCGGUCACCUUCAUACACUGCCCUUGAGGAUGAAUCACGCUUAAAUUCACCACCUCAGUAUCCUCAGCUGUAUCUUCCUGGAAAGAUUAUCCAUAUUGUGGAAGAAUCCAGCUCUAGAAGGUUGUGCUCUUCAGAUAUUAAAUAUACUGCAAGCUGGUCAAAAGAAACAGUCUUCAGCAGCAUUUUAAUAAGUCCCAAGAUGAUAACAGACCACAUGCCAGAUGUUGUGCUCAAAGCGCUGAACAGUUUGGCUCAGGAACAUGGAGCAUGUAUUUCUUGUCAAACACGAGACUUUAACACCAACACAUGAUGGAAGAAAGAAGAGCAGCAGUGUGCGUUUGGGGGGGGGAAUGCUUUUUUUUUUUUUUUUCCUCCCCCCCCCCAGCCAUUAUUAUUUUAAUGCAGGUUUCAAGUAUUCAGGACAAUGCCACUCCUGUGUGUAAGUGGAUUUCAAUUUUUUUUUUCCUAUUGCCUAAAACAAAUGGGGAAUCUCCUUGAGCAAUGGUAUGAUGGUUUAAGUGGCUAGUCUGCAUUUAUGUUGAAAGCAGUGUGCUGUGCUCCGCUGCAUGCCCGCCCCCUCCCCCAAUAGACCAGCAGGGCACAGUCUCGCCUCCUCAUGUGCGCUCUGAGGAGUUGCUGGCCAAUGUGACUAAAGCAAUGGUGAGAGGAGAGCUUGGCCCUUGGUUAGGCAGUGCAUGGUAAGACUUUUUUUUUAAAAAUAAGUCCAGUUCCAGUUCUGCUGCUAAGUCAUUUAACUUCAUUGUGGCGUAGUAGCCUAUUGUGUACCUUUGCAAAGCCUAGCCCGCUUUGCAUGAAAGGUGCUGAAGUAAAAACAAAAGUGCAGUGUGGGAGCUAGCUGCACCCUCGCACAGUCUUCUACCAGCAGAAGGUGGUAAGUGAGUGAACACGUGAUCAGGCCUGGCAGGGGGGAGCACAACAGCAGGCCCACACUGCUUUUUUUCAGGCAGUUCUUAUUGCACUAUUUUUUGUACAGCUCUUGGUAGCAUCCCUAGGGCAACUGCUGGUGGUGGGGCUUGUGUUUAAAUGCUUCUUGGAUCUACAUGUGCAAUAGUCUUUAUCUACCUGGCAUUUGUAUUUGUUGACCCACCUGACUACUAUUAUUAAUUUUAAAUUAAACCAACUGUUAACUACUUAUGAUAGUUAAUGAGAUAAAUUUUUCAUGCCCUGUGUUCAUUGUUCUUAGUCAUUGGUUCUAGCUGUAACUAAUGAAAGCACCAAUUUGUAAUUCUGCCAAAAAACUUAAAAAAGGCAGUUGCUUAUCAGGUCUACCAUAGAAAUGAGUUUGUUUCUAGCAUAUGACUUCUGAACAAAAACAUUUUUAAAUCUCAAACUCCUUUCAUAUUAAAAAAAAAACUAAAAAAUAAGAAAUAAUAUGAUGUGGUUGAGAAUAAUUAACUGUAGAUGUUUAUGCUAUGAUACAAAGUGGAGACAAAAUAAAGUGCACUCUUAACAA